AGGUCCACCCUAGGAUCUCAACGUUAUCAUUGGCCCUGAGGCGGCGAACUAAGCAAUAGGAUUUAUCGAAUACACUUAGCAUCAUCACAUCUACCAAACGAGCGGGGAAUCCCCAAGGAAAACAGCAGCACAGGAAGCGAUCCUUCGAAGGUCCUCCUAUGUUCCCACAACAGGGAGGGGGUGGGAAGGGAACCAGGCCACAGUCGACACAUCAGCAGAACCACAACCAUCAAGCCCAGCAUCACCAGACGGCGCACUCGCAUCACCAUCACCUCCAGCAGCAGCAACAGCAGCAGCAGGAGCAGCAGCAGUCCCACACAGUGUUCGUCCCGAACCACAGCGGUCUGCACCACCACCAGCAGCAACACUUGCUGCAACAGCAACACCAACAACAAGCUGCCGCCGCCGCCCAUCUCCAGCAGCACAUCCAACAGCAACAACAGCAGCAGGUGCAAGCGCAGGCCCAGGCGCAUCAUCAGCCGGUUCUCUUCUACAAUACCCAGCCGUCCUACGCCGCCCAUUCCGCGGCGGUUAACAACAAUGCCAAUGGCGGCGGCGCUGCCCUCCAACUGAGCGCCGCCGCCAGCUCCAACUCGUUGGUACAUCCCCUCAGUGGUGGUCAUCAUGGUGGAGCAAAUGGCGUGGCGCCUGGCGCAAAUCUAUCCCGUGCGCUGAGCAACCCAACUCUACCACCCCACUUCCCACAAUCAGCUGGCCUGAUCGCACCUGCCGGCGGAAAUGCGGGUGGAGCGGGUGCCCCCUACAUUUCCGCAGCCUAUAUACCCUUUAAUCCGACCGGACCUCUGAUGAGCAUGCAGCCGGCUGUGACCUUUCCCACUAACGGAGCGGCUGGAGCUCCAUUCUAUGCGACUGCGCCACCUCAUUCACAACAGAAACCGCUUCCGCCAAAUGGUCAACAACAAGGUCCAGGCGGUGCAACGGGAGCUGGCCAAGCGCAGCCGAUAACUUACUACCAACUUGGGCCGACCACUCAGAACACUGCUGGAAACAAUGUGGUUAGUGGUGCCAAUACACAUCGUGGCAAUAUGCGCGGAGGGCAAAGGUCAACACCCACCGCCCAGCAUGCCAACUACUUUACCGCAUAUGCCAUGGCCCCGGGAAAUGCCCAACGCCCCGCUCCGACCACUGUGGCUCCCAUGAUGAACUCGCGCAGCGGUGCCCUGAACGGAGCUGCUGCUUUUCAUCUGCCGCACCCCUUUAUGCCCGGUUUGGCAUUGGGAACGCCAGCCGGGAUGACGACCCCCAUUUUGGCUCCGGCUGGAAUGCCGGCUCCGCCACCUCAAGCGCCAGGCGGGUUGCACACAUUUGCUCCGCAUUUGCAGAGCAACAGCGCCACCACCUUACCAAGUGUCCCAAGUGUGACUGGAGUUCCCGCGGUGGCCAGUGGCUUUUCAACCACCUCGCUUCCAACUCCUCCAGUAACAGCAGCACCGCAACUGGGGGCCAACAGCGAUAAGGUAUGCAAGCGCAAAUACGCCAUUCCCAUCAUCCAUCCUGAUACCAUGGAGAAUGUGAUGGAUGGAUGGAAAAGAUCGGUUUUUAUAAAAAAGGACUCAAACUCGACACUAACACAGCACACAGCUCUGGAUACAGCUCUGGACUCGGAUAGUACCAUGUGCCUGUACCAGGCGCCCAUCCUUAUGGACUCUGGCUCGGCGUCAUCGCUGUUGUCUGGCGCAAUGGUCGAUCAGCAGAUGCAGACUGUGAAGUCGGCGACAUCUAUCAGUCAGUCUGUUUCCUUGGAGAAGGUGCCAGAGGCGCUGUACAGCGAAGAAUCUGUGGGUCCGGAAUCUGUCACACAAUCACCACCACCCAAAACAACGGAUAAAGAUCAGAUCAGCGUUAUUGUGAAAGACAUUCUCGCACAUUCGGGCAACACAGAAGACCAUCUAAGCUUCUGGCAGUAUAGUGACGUGGACAAUGUCACGGAGACCCACGAUAGCCUGCCGCUGGUACAAUCGGAUUUAAAUCUGCCCGAUGCAACCGACGCAUCUCAGCAGCCAGUUCUUUUCCAAGAGCAAGCCAAAAAACAGCGUCCCAAAUCGGCCAACAAACAAAGUACAGCUACACCCACAUCCAUUGCAAAUGACGUUGCUGAGGCAGCAGCCAGCAGUUGCUCAGGCAUCUCCAUCCUGACCAGAGGCCAGUCGAUGCAAACACCAGCUGGACCCUCGACACCGCCACCAGCUUCGCGUGUCGCCCAGCAGAAGCCAACCAAGUCGAUAGCUACCACAGCUGUUCCAGCGCCGGCGAAGACAACAACGGGUUCACCCAACAGGAAGUCGAGUGUUCAAGCAGCCACCUCGACUACGACCAGCUCGGGUGCCUCCUCGUCAACAGCAUCGACACCGACCCACGCAUCCAGGCAGCUUCAACAGCAGCCUGUUAACAAUCUGCAGCAGGGAAAGCAGAUUCCAGGAAGACCAUCAACUGCAGCAUUACCACCGACUGCAUCACGAAUCUCGGCCGCCGUUACGCUGCUAGCCGGCACCACAAACAUAACCAACACUACCAGCUCCAAGAAGCAGAAAAAGGCCCAAAAACGGGCCAAGGAGCUGGAGAAGAAAAAACAGAAAUCCUCGAUAACAAGCACCACAAGCACUCAAGGCCAGAACAACAAUGGCAAGGGCACUGGCAAUGGCAAUGGCAACGCCGCGCCUGAAAUGAACACAAUUAACAACAAUGCUGCCACAGUGACUACAACAUCAAUAACCACACUGACCACAACCACGGCAACAGCACCCACAACCAAACAAGGAACGGCGGCUGUCGAUGACAAGGCGACGGCGCAACCGACGACUGAUACGCUUAGUGCAACUAGUAAUAAUCCUAAAGUAAGUUCUAUUCUAAGAGACAAAAAACCCAUGCUCAGUCCCAAGGAGCAAUUGACGAGCAACAACAACAACAAUAAUGAGGAUGGCAUCGACGCUGAGGUGGACAGCGAUCCUGAAUCUGACAGCAAAGACGACAGCAUGUCGAAUGUUACCGGAGGAAAGUCGGAAAAGCAUUUAGCCAACGAAGAGAUUGUGGCUAAGUUCCUGCAGAAGGACAGCCCCAACACAUCCGUCGCGCCCUCGGAGACGCAACAGCUGCAAUUCCUCAACAGUAGCAGCUCCGUUUGCGAGGAAGAUGAGCCAGUUCCGGUGAGCUCUGUGGGAGUGGCCAAUACGGAGGAGAAUGUCGAGGUCGAAAUCAAGUUCGGUGAUUUUCAUGAGGAGCCACGCCACGACACAGGUUUCAUAUGCAGCUCCACAUGGUCGAGUUCGACGAUCAGUAAGGCCGCGGAGGACGACUCUUCGCAAAGCAGCAGGAGUGCAGAUAAUGUGGACUGUGCUCCCAAGGUUAGCGAACCAAUUUCUGGAGAGAAGGAAGCUGGAAGCAAGAAAAGCUCUCCGGUACAUGAGACAUCCGACUCGGGACCGGGCUCCCCCAAAAGUAGUCAAUCAAAAGGGCUGAAGUCGGAGAGCACCAGCCCGAGUCCCGCUCCCCAGGUCCCCAAGAACUAUCGCUACAGCAUUGAAACCCUACGUGAGCUUUCCAAGCGAAGAGACUCACGUAAGCCACCUCUGGUGCCCUGCCAGAAAGGCGACUGCAUCUCUCAGCUGUUCGUGUCGCGCCAACAGCAGCCGCAACAGCACCACGGUCACGGCCAGCACAUCCAGCAGUACCAGCAUAUGAGCUUCAACGAAUCAUUGGACUAUGUGCCCGGUAAGCGUGGUCGUGGUCACGGACCCAACAAGAAGCACCACGACGGACAUCAGCAAAUGGGCGGCUCCAGUGGUAUGGGCAACAUUGGAAGUGGCGGAGGAGGUGGAAUCUCGAGCUCCAGUCAGCGGCACACGGACAUCAUUCGGGUGCAGCUAUCUCUUAAGGAGGAGAUCAAGCUAUCCGAGUGCGAGAAUGCAUGGCAACCGGGUACUCUGCGUCGCGUUUCAAUGGCCGGUGGUCAGGAUGAAGACGACGACGUCGAGGGAGUGCUGAAAAAGGUGCGCGGUAUUCUCAACAAACUUACGCCGGAUAACUUUGAGGUGCUGCUUAAGGAGAUGUCCAGUAUCAAGAUGGACAAUGAGGCUAAAAUGACAAACGUCAUGCUGCUGAUCUUUGAGAAGACAAUUAGUGAACCGAACUUUGCACCCACAUAUGCCCGCUUCUGCAAGGUACUUUUCCACGAAAUCAAGGCCGAAAACAAGUCCCUUUUCACCAGCUCGUUGAUCACACGCAUUCAGCAUGAGUUUGAAUCAAAUGUAAAUGAUGCCAACGCAAAGUCCAAAAAGCUGCAGCCAACAAUGGAGCGCAUCAGCCAGUGCUCAGACCCAGCAAGAAAAGCGGAGCUGCGCGCCGAAAUGGAGGAUCUAGAAUACCAGUUCAGACGACGAGCUUGGGGCACUGUUCGAUUCAUAGGCGAGCUCUUUAAGCUGCAGUCGCUGACCAACGAUCGAGUUCUCAAUUGCGUGGAGUCGCUACUCGAACACGGGUGUGAGGAGAAACUGGAGUAUAUGUGCAAGCUACUGACUACUGUUGGCCAUCUGUUGGAAGCUAGUCUGCCGGAGCAAUACCAGCUGAGGGAUCGCAUUGAGAAAAUAUUUCGCCGCAUCCAGGACAUUAUAAACCGUUCUCGAGGAACGUCGCAUCGCCAACAGGUCCACAUCAAGAUCAGCAGUCGGGUGCGGUUUAUGAUGCAAGAUGUGCUCGACCUGAGGCUACGCAACUGGGAUCAGCCGGCAACGCAUCAGUCAGGACAGCAGGCCGGACGCGGUCAGCGGCACAAGCAGCACGACGACUCUAAGGAUCAGUCCCACCACAGCACUAGUAGUGGGCGUGGAGGUGGAAUGAAUCAGCACCAGCAGUCGACCCAUCACCAGCAGCAAAAGCAUCAUAGCCAGCACGGUCACGAUGGCGGAAACUAUUUCAUGCAGAAGAUGCCGAACAAACAGCAUCACGAGAAUCAGACCCUGAGCAUAGAUCCCAGCAAGUUGCGAUUUAGCAACAGCAGUGCCACCGACGAUUCGAUUGCUAAGCUAGGCAACUCUUCGCACUACCAGUGGCGCAAUGCCGGUAACCGUCCGGUCAGUUCGACGCAAGUGAAUGCAUCAACUGCGCCUCCGCCUACGUCCUUGUUGAAACGACCGGGGCAAAACUACAGAUUCUUGCCGUAUCAGCAGCCUCCGACGGCCAUGGGCACUGCCAUUGCCCCUGCAGGCGGUAACAGAAGCAAUGCGGAAGUAGAUGACGCAUUCGAUGGUAAGCAAUGCCAGGAGCUCAUUAUAAAGCUUGUCGAGGAGGCUCUCAACACACGCGACUGGCAACCGGAAGUGCUGAGCAUAUGGCGUUCGCAUAGCGGCUCGCAACAAUCGAAGACUUUGCUCUAUUUACUGACUGACUACCUGCACAAGUCUACGGUGAAGCGUCAACAGCGGCAGGCCUGCGGCAAUGUCUUUGCUUACCUGAUGGACAAGGAAGCCGUGGAGAAGGAUAUUUUCGAACAGGCGUACUCUCGGUUCGGCGACGAUUUUCCCGAUCUACUGGUGGAUGUACCAAACGGCUGGGGAUAUGUAUUCGAGUUCCUGGGACCCAUCAUACACUCGGGCCAAUUGGACCUAAAAGAUAUUUGGCAGCGACGCUGGCUGGAUGACUUCUUCUUUGCCGAGCGGUUUGUGUACGCCUUCGUCAGCUACUUUGUUCAUGAAUUCGGAGCUGCCUAUGCCCGCAAGUUGUGGCACAACGACUACAAGCUUGAUCGAGGUCAGCUUUUCUGGAGCGACGUGCGCAAGUACCGGGAGUUUGUGCAGUCGCAUAGUUUUUACUUUCUUGACAACGGACCCGGACAGAGUCAAGGACAUGGCAAAGCUAAGGCGCCCGCAACUCCACGUUCGCCGGUGGAGCACGUAGAGCGGAUUAGACACCUGCUAGCAAUGUCCUGCGACAUGGCCAUCGACUACAUAAACACCAAUGUAGCCAUCAAUGACAACUUUGUGAGGCAGCUCACUAGAUUCCUGUGCUGUGAUUUCGCCCUGACUGUGAUGACAAAUACCCACAACAACAACAAGAGCGGCGGCAACUCUAGACCGCUGCAGCUGAACACCGAGAGCUUCCGGAGCUGUUGCACUCCACUACUGCGACUGUGUAUCGACGCCCAGGAGGCGCUGGAGAUCGCUUGCAUUGACGAGGCUGUGGACUCUCUGCAGCAGCACUUUAUGACCGAGUUCGAGGACGAGAUGGCCGCCGGCGAAACUAUCUGCAGCACGUUCAGCGUGCUGUACGAGAGCGAGGUGAUCCCCAAGGAGUCGUUCGACAAGUGGUAUAAGCUAGAGAUGGCACAUUCGAGAGCCUACCGUCGCCCAUUCAUUGACAAGCUGCGCGGUUUCAUCGAGGAGAUGUAGAUGAGAUCCAUGAGAACACCAACCAGCAACCAUCCGAUUGCAAUGAAACCCAUAACCACAACGAAGCAAACACUCAACCACAAACUGUUCCAUAAGGCAACAUCGUUUGAAACCAAUCCUUAGACUAGGCGCGGUCGUAGGUGUCGAAGUCAUUAACAAAACUCAAACGAUCAUUUGAAAAUUUCACAUGUCAAUCUUGCAACACACAGGCCGGCAUAUGUCAGGUGUCUCUCUAACACAUUUAUUUGUUAAAUACGAGGAAUAUAUCUGUCGAAAUGAAGAUGGCACACACUUAUAUGUUGCACGAUGAAUAGAUCUGUCGAGACGAAAA